ACAUACUAACAGCUCGAAAUGAAAUUGAAUCCUCUUGAGGUUGCACAUACAUUUCAUCUCCAAUUUUUGCAAGAGCAUGAAUUGCUUUAGCUAAUACUGAAAAUGUAACGAAUUUAACUUAGUGUGGGGACUCCAUAUACUACUUCGUGAAAAUUGUUUAAUAAAUUAACGAUAAAAAUGGAAAUAACAGUGGAAGAAACACCGGAUGAUCGACCAAAAGAUUCACGAAAGCGUCGUUCAUCAAUUUUUCAAAGAAGAUCCAUAUUAUUUACAGAUGUGAACAGUGUAUCAGAAGAUUUGGAAGAAACAAAGAUUGAAAAAUCGUCAAUUUCGCCAGUAAAACAAAAUGCCGAGGAAACUUUUGAUUUACAAGCAUAUAAUGAUAAAUUAAAAGAGGAAAUUGCUGCUUGGCAUGAUGUAAUGAAAGAAAGACAAAAUGAAUAUAAAAAACUUAUGAAAAAAAGAGCAGAGGUGAAGAAAAAUGGACAAGAAGUGGAUUUAACAUUAUUGUCAGAGGAUGAGAGAAAAUUCUUUGAGUCUCGUCCAAAUUUGGAUUUAUUGAUGAGUAAUGUUAAAGAACUUAUGGAUGUGACAAUGCAAAAUGUAAUACUCAAUCAACAUUGCAGUCAACGAUAUGAAUAUCUUCAAUUUUUACUUGAAGAAAAAAUGAAUGAGGCUAAGAAGAAGAUUAUUUCAAUGAUUGAUUAAGAAAUCUAAUCGGUAAUAAUAAUAAUAAUAAAUAAUUUUUUUACUUUUUUA